AUGGUGUUCACGUGUGCAAUCAGUGGAGAGCCUGCGGAGGAGCCUGUGGCCGCUCCAUCCGGACAUAUUUACGAGAAACGGCUUAUUUUAAAAUAUAUUGUUGAAAAUGGCGUUGAUCCUGUUACUAAUGAAUCUCUAGACGAGAAACAGUUAAUUCCACUGAAAACGGGUGCUGUUGACACAGCACCUCGUAAUGUCGCUGGAACAUCCAUUCCAUCGCUCCUGAAGAUGUUGCAAGAUGAAUGGGACAGCGUGAUGUUGAACAGUUUCUCGCUUCGACAGCAAUUGCAGACCGCUCGCCAGGAACUUUCUCAUUCCCUCUACCAGCACGAUGCCGCUUGCCGUGUUAUUGCCCGUCUCACCAAAGAAUUAACGGCAGCUCGUGAAGCGCUUUCUACCCUCAAGCCACAUGCUGCUAAUGUACCACAUGCGGCUGGGGACAUUGACAUGGAACAAAGUGUCGAUGAAGCUCAAGGCAUCUCGGAGGCAGUCUUGGCUCGUUUGGAUGAGAAAGCAAAAACAUUAACGGCGGCCCGUAAGCAGCGUGGAAAGAAUCUCCCAGAAGAACUGACGAAACAGGAUGAAUUUGCCUCAUUCCGAGAGUCGGCUUGUCAUACCGGAAUCCACAGCACUGGAGUUCCAGGUGUUACUGCUCUUGAUGUCCAGGGGAAAAUGGUACUUACCGGCGGUGCAGAUAAAACUGUCGUUUUAUUCAAUUCGGAGAAAGAGCAGGUGCAAGACGUUUUCAAAGGACACCAGAAAAAAAUCAAUGCCGUUAUUCUACAUCCAAAUUCCAAAAAUGCUAUUUCUGCAAGCUCUGAUGCUCAGGUACGUGUAUGGACAACCGGUGAGGAAAGUUGUAAAGCUCUGAUUGACAUUCAUCAAGCAGCCGUCACAGAUAUCUCGCUGCAUGCCACUGGAGAUUACGUUCUUUCUGUGUCUGAUGAUUCUCAUUGGGCGCUUAGUGAUAUUAAUACUGGAAAGACAUUGUGCAAGGUUCGCGCCGAUGACAGCUCAUCUGUUGCUGUUUGCUGCGGUCAAUUCCAUCCAGAUGGUUUGAUUUUCGGUACAGGAACUGCGGAUGCUGUUGUAAAAAUCUGGGAUUUGAAAGAACAAACGAAUGUUGCUAACUUCCCUGGUCACCAAGGUGCAGUACGUGCUAUUGCUUUCUCAGAAAACGGUUACUAUUUGGCUACUGGUGCAGAGGAUGGAGAGCUCAAGCUAUGGGAUCUCCGUAAGCUGAAGAACUUGAAAACGUUGAGUCUGCACGAUGGCAAGCACUCUAUUAACAACAUUUGUUUCGAUCAUUCUGGAACGUAUCUUUCGGUAGGAUCCAGUGAUGUGGAAGUGUUGCACGUGAAGUCUUGGCAGGUGGUUGCUACCUUCGAUACGCAUACGGCUGCAGUAACUGCUGUGCGAUUUGGAGAUCAUGCGCGCUCCCUGUAUUCAACAUCGAUGGACAAAAGUCUUCGUAUUUAUUCUCUUUGA